AUGCUUCUACAAAGGCUGGCAACGGCCGUUUUCACAGGCCUUGCCCUAUUUGCCUCGCCCUCACACGCCGACUCGACGAGUAGGAAUCCCGUCUCGACCAUAUUUACUAUACAAGAGCCCAAGAUCCAGUCUUCCUCGCUCCAAAUCAAUUCCAACUCCAAGUUUGACAUAUUAUUUGCCAUCCCCGGAGGCCAGAGGAUACGACUUUCUCUCGAACCCAACCACGAUGUCAUUUCCCACGAUCUUCGCGUCACUUAUCUCGAGCCCGAUGGGUCUGUCGGAAACGUAGAAUCAGUUGAGCGUACAAAUCACCGCGUCUACCGUGGCAGUGCCUACACAAAAUCCUCGGAUGCUGCGGAAUGGGUGAAUGGCGGCUGGGCCAGAGUCACCCUUCGUCGCGAUGGCAACAACCCCAUAUUCGAGGGCGCUUUCCGCCUGCACGGCGAUCAUCACCAUAUCCAGACCAUCGCCAACUACAUCAAGUUGAAGCACGCCGAAGACCCCUUCCCGAGCCCACCCACUCAGCCGGGCUUCAAGGCCGGCGACGAGUACAUGGUCCUCUGGCGCGACUCGGACGUGGUAGAACACUGGCAGCCUCAUCGUGACGAGCUUAGGAAACGCGAGCUGUUUGGCCUUGCCCCUGCGGUGCUGAUGACCUCAUAUGUCGACCCCCGCCCUUUUGGCCGCCAGGCUGAUAGUACCGCCGGCGGUGGCGGUGCCGGCAUCAACCUUGUCGCCAACAUUGGGUCUACUGCCGGGUGCCCCAAGACGCGAAAGGUUGCCCUCCUUGGCGUCGCCGCGGACUGCAACUACCGAAAGGAGUUUGACUCGGACCAGGCGCUACGCGAGAACAUCAUUCAGCAAAUCAACGCGGCGUCUGCUGUAUUGCCCCGCCACCCCAGCGACGCCGCGCCCUGGAACGUGGCGUGCAGCAACAGUUUCACAAUCACGGACCGUCUUAGCAAGUUUUCGGAGUGGCGAGGCCGCACCGAGGAUACCAACGCUUUCUGGACUUUGCUCACUACGUGUGCCACCGAUAGUGCCGUAGGUCUCGCGUGGCUCGGCCAGGUCUGCCAGCAAGGGUCCCGCCCCAACGAAGGUAGCGAUUCGGCGUCGAACGAGACGAUUGCUUCGACCAACGUCGUCGUCCGCACCCCAACCGAGUGGCAGGUCAUCGCGCACGAAGUCGGGCACACCUUUGGCGCCGUUCACGACUGCACGGACCAAGCAUGCAUCAUUCUCCCCUGCAGCAUCGGAAAUGUGUGCGCCGCCAUCAACCGACAGGCCGAUCGAUGCCUCGUGAAGAACAAGGACGUUCCCAUUAUUACGGGCCAACAGUGCGGCAACGGUAUCGUUGAGCCAGGCGAAGACUGCGACUGUGGUGGCGAGCAAGGAUGUGCCGGAAACGCGUGCUGCGACCCCAAGACGUGCAAAUACACGGCGAACUCGGUUUGCGAUCCCGCUAACGAAGAGUGCUGCACCGAUAGCUGCGCGUUCGCGACCGCGGGCGCCGUUUGCCGCGCUAGCACGGGACUGUGCGAUCCCGAGGAAAAGUGCUCAGGUACCACGGCGGCGUGCCCCGGCGACUCGCACCUCGACGACGGAACUUCGUGCGGCGAUGACAAUGCGGGCCUCACGUGUGCGUCGGGCCAGUGCACCUCUCGCGACCUGCAGUGCCAGGCCAUGAUGGGAGCGUUUCCCAACAUCACCAACGUCAAGGCUUGCGACGAGACAUCGUGCGUCAUUGGAUGCUCGUCCUCGCGGACGUCGGCCAACCAGUGCUCCAUCCUGAACCAGUACUUCCUCGACGGUACGCCGUGUCCCGGCGGCGGCAACUGCCAGAACGGCAUCUGCCAGGGCUCGUCCUUUAUCAAAGAGGCGGGAGAGUUUUUCAAGAAGCACCGCAACAUCGCUAUUCCCGUGGGCAGUGUGGUGGGCGGACUCAUCUUUAUCGCCAUUUGUUGGUGCAUCUUCUCGUCCAUCCGCAGACGACGCGCGAUCCGAAAGAACGGCGGCCGCAAGCCCGGUCCGCCCAUGAUGGGGGUACCGAGCCGGACCAACAACGCGUGGACCAACUAUGGCGGAGCCUACGGACCUCGCGGCGCCAACCAGUCGCAAAGGUCCAUUCCUCGACCGCCACCCAUGCAGCAGAGGGGGACCCCCGUGAUGCCGGCACGAGGCACACCCACACCGUCGCAACCGGAACGGUUCCAGGGCGGCCCUGGGCCUUUGCCCCCAGCGACAGGCCCUCCGCCACCAUAUCCCGCCUACCAGCCGUACCAGCCGCAAUGGAGCGGGCCAGGAGGUACCACGAGAUACGCCUAA